UGGUUUUCUCGAGUGGAUCGCAAACAAUGAGUUCAUAUCGAAGAUGGCAGAGAAGGCCAAGAAUUCGGUGGACACUAUGAUCACGACAUUAGAUCCCGGAAUGAAGGAAAUCAUAUAUUCCGGAGGAGAUAUCAAUGUAAUCGUGACGACCGACAAAGAGGCGAAGAUCUGUCCCAUAAGGGAAGCCUUUCAGAAGGUGUUCGGGAGGGCCACUGUCAACGGGCUGUCCUCACAGCCGCUGAGCAUAGCUUCCCAACCGAUCGGUUUCGACAAUGGCUUGAAAGCAGCCAAAGAGCGGAUCCAAGCGUUGCGAAUGAACACGAGUUCUAUUCCUCAGAAUCAAGUGAUUGUGUCGAUCGAGAACUUUAUUGUUGACAUCUCUGACGAUAAGUAA